AUGGCCGCGGCUCGGCCACGCCCCGCCCCUCGGGGCGGGGAAACCCACAAGAGGCUGAAGGCUGCGGUUCACUACACGGUUGGCUGCCUGUGUCAGGAUGUUGCGGAAGACAAAGACCUGCAAUUCAGCAAACAAACCAUUGCCGCUCUCUCGGAGAUCACCUUCAGGCAGUGUGAGAACUUUGCAAAAGACCUUGAAAUGUUUGCAAGGCAUGCAAAACGAAGCACAAUCACUACAGAAGAUGUGAAGCUUUUGGCUAGAAGGAGCAACUCUUUGCUGAGGUAUAUCACCCAGAAGAGUGAUGAGAUCACAUCAAGUAGUGUGGAGCAAAAGGAGAAGAAGAAAAAGAAGUCCAGUGCAGCUAAGGGAAGGAGAAAUUCUGAGGAACAGAAGCAGCUGAAGAUGACUGAAAGUGAAGAUUCCAACAUGGCAUGA